AUGGCUUGGCCGCACCGGAACGACCUGUCGCUGGGUGAACACCUGGCCCAGGAACACGCCGGAACAAGAACACGAGCCUUGGCUUCGGCCCACGGUCCUUCAGACUUGCCGGCUUCCUGCACGUCUUCCCCGACCUCCACGGCCCACGACACUUCUGACACGUCAGGCUCCACGACGGCUACCUCGCCGCACGCCCUGGAGCCUGCCGUAGACACGGACAUCGUGACUCCCGCUGUACGACCCCCAAUUGCGGAGGCAUCGUCAGCGAUGUCCAACGAACCCGCCUUUUCGACCUCGACACUGUGCGCAUCUUGCCAACAGGAACUACCAUCAUCCUCGAAAUCUCCCGCAGCAGACGUUCAAGCCCAUAACCAGCUACGGCCGAACGUGCGUGACGCUGCGACGAUGACAGAAAAUCCCGAGGACCACCCGCCGUGCUUGCCACAGUUAGACCAGACCGCGUAUGCCCUACCGGCCACGCAGGCAUACAACCCACCUGCCACCCCGCACACGCGCUCUCCUUCACCUACUAAACUUCAUUCUGCGACUACAGUUGCACCGUCUACCAGUCUCUCCAACAUGGCUCAUCCAACCGAGAUUAGUCGCGCCACGUCUAUCUGCAGCGCACGCCUCGCGGCUCGCCUGCACUCUACACGGCAGACUAUGGAGCAGCCGCAGCCAGUGAUGUGCCACCACCAACGCCGUUACCGGCACCGUCGCCACGCCAAUUGCGUCGCCCGCCCAACCAGGCGAAGAGGGGGAUGGAUCCCCCGCUACCAAAAAUUUCGUGCCCCACUGACCCUGAUUUGGGUCAGUGGCGAGAGUCAGCGCAGGGCCUCUUCUCGGGGUGCGCCCUGCAUGAUCAGCGUCAACCCGACACAAGUGUCAGAAAUAAAUGAGGCGGCUCGUGAUCGUAUGAAGAACACGUACCUGUUGUCGGCCAAGCAUCUGUACAUCAUCCUCUGGAAGAACGUGUACGUGAAGAGGCUAUGCCGUCACUACAUGGCCACGCUGGUCGAAAUCGCCCUGAUCGUGGCGCUGCUCCUGGGCAUUCAAGAGGACUCCGUGACUCGAGAGCCGCUGAUCAGACGAGGAGACACCUUCUACCAGCCCAUGCACACGAACGCCUACUGGAACACGCAGCGAGACCUCGCCUACAUCCGGGAGGUCUAUUACUAUGCGGCCAAGAACCAGUACGUCAACCGGCUGACGCGGGACGCCUUCCACAGGCUGGGCAUUGCCGCCGUGACCGAGGUGCCCACCGAACGCCAGCUAUUCAGUAUGCACCAGAAGGCCAUCAGCGAGAACGACACGAAGCCUGUGAGGUCGGUGUUGCUUCUGUACAGCGUCGCUCUCAACGACACGCAGCCCGCCAGCCUUCACGUCUCUCUCAUUGCUGGCAGGCUUCCAUUUGACGUGCAGGUGAACUACCGGCAACGCCUCCUGUCCCAGCCUGAUGGUCCCUCUGCCGAGGAGCGGUUUCCCGAAAUGCACACCCUGCUGCCCAUCAUGGGCGCGCUACAGCAGCGCCACCUGGAAAUGCAGGCCGAGAUCGUCGGCUACAAGUAUCCGCUGAAGGAGGUUCGCCUGCAGAGGUUCCCGUUCCCUGCGUACAUAGAACAACGCGACCAAAAGAACUACGCCCUGGUGUUGACGCGCUUCUGCAUGGGCAUGCUCGUCCCUUUCUGCUUGUUCGUCGCCAGGGUGGCCGACGAGAAGGCCACCGGCAUCAAGGAGAUGCUGCGAUUGGUUGGCGUGAACGACUGGGUCUACUGGGCGAGUCACUACCUGAGCUCCUUUUUCAUGCACCUGAUCAUCGUGACGCUGAUGCUGCUGUUCUUGUGCGUCAAGCGUAACGAGGAAGGACGCGCCUUCAUUCAGUUCAGCGACCCCUUGCUGCUGUUCGUCAUACUGAUGUUCUUCUGCAGCCAGUGCCACGUGCACGGCAUGUUCCUGUCCUUGUUCUUCGCGAAUCCGCAUUCUGCCGUCGCGGGUGCCCUGCUGUACUGGACGUGCAGCUGCGUGGUGCCGUUCCUGUUCCUGGAACACGCCGGGGGACAGGGUUACUACUACAUCGCCCGCAGCGACAAGUUGUACACCUCCAUCUUUCCCGGCAUGAGCCUCCACUGGAGCUUUCGAGUGCUGGAGCGGUUCGAGAAGUUUGUGCCCCAUGGUGCCAACUGGCUGAACUUCUACGACCGCUUCGCCACGCCCGACAACGUGACUCUCGCGGAAAUCGUCUUCGUGGGCUUCAUGUUCGAUUGCUUUCUCGGCGUCCUCAUAUGGUACUUGGACAACGUCAUCUCCUUCGGUCCAGGCAUCCCAAAGUCCUACCUGUUUCCGUUUAAGAUGAGCUACUGGAUACCGACCAUAACGACGGCACCACCGCCAUCUAGGACGCCGGGAGAGAUGAACAACUUUCAAAAUGAGCCAAUGGACCAACCGGUGACCAUCAACCUCGUCCGCAGCAGCAAGGACUACGACGGCGUCGUGGCUGUCGACGAUGUCUGCCUGCGCAUUUUCGACAACCAGAUAACGGUGCUUCUGGGACAUAACGGUGCGGGCAAGUCGACGCUUCUCAACAUGGUCACCGGCUUCCUGCCCUCGAGCUCUGGAGAGGUGCUGGUGAAUGGCUACGACAUCAUGACCUGCACCCGCGACGCCCGUCGAAGCAUGGGGUACUGUGCCCAGUACAACGUGUUCUUCGAGGACCUGACCGUCGAAGAGCACGUCAUGUUUUUCGCUAUAGUAAAGGGUGUUCCCCUGAAUAAAGCACGGCAGGAGGUGUUCAACUUAUUGCAGGACACAAGCCUGUACGAGCAUCGCACCGUACUCGCCGUCAACCUCUCGCCUGGCCUACAGCGCCGCCUCUGCACAGCGUUAGCCAUCGUGGGAAGGCCCAAGGUGGUCAUCUUGGACGAGCCAACCACCAACAUGGACUCGGACGGACGGCGCGAAAUUUGGGAGCUGUUGCUUCAUUUGCGGCGCACCACCUGUGUCCUGCUCACAACACAGCACUUGGACGAGGCGGACGUGCUGGGCGACCGGGUUGCAAUCAUGGCCAACGGACGGAUAAGGUGCGCCGGCUCGCCGAUGUUCCUGAAGCAGCGCUUCGGCACUGGCUACCGCAUGCAGAUCAACAAGCUGCCAAACAAGUGCGACGUGCCGGCUAUCCUGGAGUUGCUGCGCAAGUACUCGCCCAAAGCGCACGUGCAGAGCGACUCCGCCAACGAGGCGGUGUUCCUUCUGGGCCAGAUCAUCGCCACGAAGAUCAUCAUCGAAAUGUUUAAGGAUAUCGAGCAAAAAACGAAGAAACUCGGCAUCGCUUCGGUGGGCCUGACCGUGACCUCUCUCGAGGACGUGUUAAUCCGCGUGGGGGAAGAAUAUCACGUGCACCGCAAGAAGCGGCUUCAGGUGGGAGCCCGAGAAGAUACGUCGCUCAUGGAUGCCCAAGCUCCCGUGGUACAGAACAUGGCGGACACGACCGGCUCGGAGGCGACCCUGCUGGCCCGUCUGCGCGCUGUGUUCACCAAGCGCUCCAUCCACGUGUGGCGCGAGAAGCGGAUGCCGCUGUUCAGCUGGGUGCUGCCGCCUCUGCUCCUGUGGCUGCUGUUCGUGCUCGAGUAUUGGGGCUUGCGCGGCAGCCUGCGCGACGUGCAGAACGUGGGCGAGACGCUCAGAUACACCUUCCCGGACGUCGUCGUGUUCGCCGUAGUGAGUUGCCCUCGAUUGGAGUUGCCCUCGAUUGGCAACACUUCUUCGAUCGCGGGCUCGCGUCUGUAAAGCUCAUGGAGAGCCGUGUAUACGUGAAUCACUACA